AUGUUUUCAAAAUUCAAGAAACAAUGCUCUGAUCGUCAAGUACGACGUAGAGUGAACUGUGAAUUUGAUAAUGAAGUAUCUUAUAUUAAUAAUGAUCAAGCAUUAUGGCUCGAAAAUCAAGUAUCUUAUAUUAAUAAUGAUCAAGCAUUAGGGCUCGAAAAUCAAGUAUCUUAUAUUAAUAAUGAUCAAGCAUUAGGGCUCGAAAAUCAAGUUGCUGAUACUGAUGUUCCGUCUAAUAAUGUGUUUAUUAGAUCUUAUGAGGACUUAGUUGAUGAAAAUUCUUCAGAUGAUUUCGUCGAUUCGUCCGAAAGCAGUGAUGAUGAUUUUGAUGAUGAAUUGUUUUCUGUCGAAUCUGACGAAAUGUUUUUACCAAAACUAAGAGAUUGGGCAGUUGACUGUGGUAAGACAGAUGGAGAGUCCUAUAAUCUGUCUACCCCGUCAGAUCUGUGGGGCAUAUCACAGCUCAAUAGGCAUCCCAGUAGCCAGUCUUUGUUGCAAAAUAAAUCUUGUGGAAACAGAGAAUUAUCUUUAGAUGGAAAGCAACCUCCUGCACUUGCAUCCAGCUCGAUUUUGUCGAAUAAAGAUGUAGAGGGAUACUUAAAAGCAAUUCUAAGAAAUGUCAUAUCUAUUAAGAAUAGAAUUAAAAAUUUGGAAGACCACAACAUAGCUCUAGAGGCAAAAAUUAAUGAAUUGGAUUGUGUGAAAAGGGAUAAAACUGAGAAUUUGCCGAAUGACUUGUCCAAGUUGCUACCACUCUCAACUUUUGAUGAAUUCAAUAUGCUUGAAGAAAAGCUGUCUGAUGAAAUGACGAGAAAACAACUGGUAUCUUACUUACAAAGAGUGGGAGGUACUGGGUUUCGUCAGGUAGCAACACUAGUGUUGAAGAAAUUGUUUACAGAUGCAUUAGCAGCUAAGUUCAGCUUCUUGGGACAGAGGGGGAAGCUCAGCUUUAAAACAUCAAGAAUAUGCAGCAUAAUAUUUGAGAUUGCAACAAGUACCAAUUUGAGUGGAGCAACAGAAGAGAAGGUUACGAAAGUUGUUGCUGACUGGUUGCGUCAUGCAAACUCACGUGACAAGAGAAAAAGACAAAAUCCAUCUGUACAAUAAUUAUGAUAUUGUUGUUUAAUAAAUAAAUUAUGCAGUCUGUUUUGAAAUUUAUGUAGAAUUUUUUUACAUUUCUUAAAUUUCAAUGCAUUAAUAACUCAAAGUAAUUUGGCUUUGAUAUUUCUUUUUCAAUGAUUAAUUACUAAUUUAUUCAAUGAUGUCAAUUUUUGCAAAAUA